ACAGAGCACUCAUAAAAAUAUACGUAUUACAAAUUUGUCUAAUCUUGAAAAAUUUACAAAACUUAAUUUAUCAAAAAUGAAUGUUUUAAAUAAAUUUAAUAAAUUCUCAAAAAUUGGCUUGGCCUUGCAAAAUGUUGUACAACAAAACACUCUGUGUUUUCCCCAAGUAUUCUCUGUAAAUUGUAGUCACUUUUACCAGAAAUAUUCGGCUGUUUGUUCGAAGAAAGAAGAUGAUAUUACUACUGAUGUUGAUUAUUGUGAACCUGAACCAAUUUGUGAAAAUGAAACGCCGAAAUCUUCAAGAACCGAUAAAACUGGUAGCAACACCACAGUAGUUGAUAAAACCCUUUCCAAAGUUGGGCGUAUACAUGCUGUUAUUGGUCCUGUUGUUGAUGUAAUUUUUGACGAUGAAAAUAUACCAGACAUUAUGAAUGCAAUGGAGGUUUCAGACUAUAAAGCCGGUCCAAGAUUAGUUUUAGAGGUAUUUCAUCAUUUAAGCAAUAAUACUGUGCGUUCAGUUGCUAUGGAUAGUACUGAAGGUUUACGAAGGGGUCAAAAAGUUACUGACACUGGACAUCCUAUACGUGUCCCCGUUGGGCGAGCCACUCUUGGCCGUAUUAUUAAUGUUGUUGGUGAUCCAAUAGAUGAACGAGGUCCAAUUAAUUCCGAAUUUCAUUCAUUUAUUCAUGCUGAGGCUCCUGCAAUGACAGAAUUGAAUGUUAAUCCUGUUUUACUGGAAACAGGCAUUAAGGUGAUAGAUUUAUUGGCACCGUAUGUUAAAGGCGGUAAAAUCGGACUAUUUGGUGGGGCUGGAGUAGGAAAAACAGUUUUGAUUAUGGAAUUAAUUAACAAUAUAGCUAAGGCGCAUGGUGGAUAUUCUGUGUUUGUGGGUGCAGGCGAACGUACUCGUGAAGGCAAUGAUCUGUAUAUGGAAAUGAUUGAGUCCAAAGUUAUUUCAUUAGAGGAUGAUAAAUCAAAAGUUGCUUUAGUCUAUGGUCAAAUGAAUGAACCACCUGGUGCUAGAUCACGCGUAGUUCUGACAGGUCUCACAAUUGCCGAAUAUUUUCGAGAUAUGGAAGGACAAGAUGUUUUGUUAUUUAUUGAUAAUAUUUUUCGUUUUACCCAAGCCGGCUCGGAAGUAUCAGCGUUAUUGGGUCGCAUACCAUCAGCGGUGGGAUAUCAACCUACAUUGGGAACUGAUAUGGGCACUAUGCAAGAACGAAUCACUAGUACUAAAAACGGCUCAAUUACCUCAGUGCAGGCUGUUUAUGUCCCAGCUGACGAUCUAACAGAUCCGGCUCCAGCUGCAACAUUUUCUCACUUAGAUGCAACCACAGUAUUGUCUAGACCAAUAGCAGAAUUGGGAAUUUACCCGGCAGUGGAUCCCCUGGAUUCGUCAUCUCGCAUUAUGGAUCCUAUGAUUGUGGGUGAAGAACAUUAUAAUGUUGCUCGCUCCGUCCAAAAAACAUUACAAAACUACAAAUCUUUACAGGAUAUUAUCGCCAUUUUAGGUAUGGAUGAACUUUCGGAAGAAGACAAACUCACUGUUGCUCGAGCCCGUAAAAUGCAACGUUUUCUAUCACAACCUUUUCAAGUGGCUGAAGUUUUUACGGGACAUGCUGGUAAAAUGGUACCGGUUAGUAAAACCAUUGAAGGAUUUAAACGGCUAUUAAAUGGUGAUAUGGACGACAUGCCAGAAAUAGCCUUUUAUAUGGUAGGUGAUAUUGAUGAAGCAAUUUCAAAAGCAAAAGAUUUAGCUGCAAAAUUAAAAAUUUAGAUUCUUAUUAAAUUAAUUAGGUAUCAUUGUUUUUAUUCAUACAUAUAUCGUCGCCGUUUGCAUUUCAGGUGGCAAUAUAUGUAUAUGUUGUGAGUUAAUUUUAUUUAAUUUUUCUUUCAUAAUUUCAUGUUGAACUUUUAAAAGCAUUGAUUUGGUUAUUCGCAGUUUUUAAGUAUUUCAAAUAAUAAAAAUUUGUUUAAUUUUUA